UUUGACAUUUUGCACAAAAUAAUAAUAUAUUUGUUUUCAUUUUUGUGGGUAGUUUUUGUGAUUUUUUAAAGUUAAUAAAAGAAAACAUGUCUGAGGAAAUUGUAUUUGAUUGUUUACAUUCCGAAAUUGUUAACUAUUGUCUCCUGGAUAACAAAGAAAAUGAUUUCUCAACCCUCGAAUACAUUGGCUACUCAACUGGCUAUCGUCUCAUCGAGAGACUUACCCGAGAAUGGCCACGAUUUAAAGAUGAAUUGGAAACUAUGAAAUUCAUUUGUACAGAUUUUUGGACACUGAUUUAUAAAAAACAAGUCGACAAUCUAAGAACAAACCAUCAAGGAGUUUAUGUGUUACAGGAUAAAGCUUUUCGUUUUCUAACACGAAUCUCACCUGGAACAAAACAGCUGGAACAUGCCCCAAAGUUUGUUGCCUUCACAUGUGGACUAGUACGAGGUGCCUUGGCAAAUUUAGGAAUUAACAGCACAGUUACUGCGGAAGUGCAAUCGAUUCCUUCUUGUAAGUUCCACGUCCAAGUUAAAUUAAAUUAAAACAAAUUACAACAAAAAAGCCAGAGUUGUUUAUUAUUUUUUUCUUAUUAAUGUUGCAAUAAAAAUGAAACAAAUAUUAUGAUUUUGUAUAAAAUGAAA